CGGCGGGCGCAGCGGCUCCGGCGGCGGCGGCAGCAGCAGCGGCGGCGGCUCGCGGCGGCCGCCCCUAUCCUGCUCGGCGCGGACCAUGUUCGCCAAAGGGAAGGGCUCGGCGGUGCCCUCGGACGGGCAGGCGCGGGAGAAGCUGGCGCUGUACGUCUACGAGUACCUGCUGCACGUCGGCGCCCAGAAGUCUGCGCAGACCUUCCUGUCCGAGAUCCGGUGGGAGAAGAACAUCACGCUGGGCGAGCCCCCCGGCUUCCUGCACUCCUGGUGGUGUGUGUUUUGGGACCUGUACUGCGCAGCUCCCGAAAGGCGAGACACUUGUGAACAUUCGAGUGAAGCCAAAGCCUUUCAUGACUACAGCGCAGCUGCCGCCCCAAGUCCUGUGCUUGGAAACAUUCCCCCGAACGACGGGAUGCCCGGGGGCCCCAUCCCGCCCGGUUUCUUCCAGGGACCGCCUGGGUCACAGCCCUCGCCACACGCACAGCCUCCACCCCACAAUCCUAACAGCAUGAUGGGACCCCACAGUCAGCCGUUCAUGUCACCGCGCUACGCCGGAGGUCCCCGGCCCCCCAUCAGGAUGGGCAACCAGCCCCCAGGUGCCGUUCCCGGUACACAGCCAUUGCUGCCCAAUUCAAUGGAUCCCACGCGACAGCAAGGGCACCCCAACAUGGGCGGCCCCAUGCAAAGGAUGAAUCCUCCGCGAGGGAUGGGCCCCAUGGGUCCCGGUCCGCAGAACUACGGCAGCGGCAUGAGACCUCCACCCAACUCCCUAGGCCCUGGCAUGCCUGGAAUUAACAUGGGGCCGGGUGCUGGUAGACCGUGGCCGAACCCCAGCAGUGCUAACUCAAUUCCAUACUCUUCUUCAUCGCCUGGUACAUACGUGGGUCCGCCCGGCGGCGGUGGUCCCCCAGGGACACCCAUCAUGCCCAGUCCUGCAGAUUCAACAAAUUCAAGUGACAACAUCUACACAAUGAUUAAUCCAGUACCGCCCGCAGGCAGUCGAUCGAAUUUCCCGAUGGGCCCCGGCUCUGACGGCCCCAUGGGCGGCAUGGGCGGCAUGGAGCCCCAUCACAUGAACGGAUCGUUAGGGUCAGGAGACAUAGAUGGACUUCCAAAAAAUUCUCCAAACAACAUAAGUGGCAUUAGCAAUCCCCCGGGCACUCCAAGAGACGACGGGGAGCUGGGAGGCAACUUUCUCCAUUCCUUCCAAAAUGACAAUUAUUCCCCCAGCAUGACGAUGAGUGUGUGAUUUCCCUCCCCCUCCUCCUCUCCAGGAUCAAGAGAGUCAGCUGCCGUUCGGAGGAUCUCAACGAAUUAUGCAAGAAGAAGAAGAAGAAUCUAGGUGUAUGGGCAGGGACACGCGUGGCGGGGGCCAAAACCCCAGGUUUAGUUUCAUGCAAUAAAAAGGCUGAACUUUUUAUUCCAUAAAACAUGAAGGACAAAACUUAAAAUAUUUCAAGACAUGACAAGACCCUUCUUUGUGCAGAAGGGUUUAUAUAUGUACAUGACACUUCUUUUUGGAAACAAACGGAAGCCUCUAGCACCCAACUCCGAUCUCUUUGCUUUGUUCUUUUAAAUAAAGACAGAAACCGAACCUGUUGUAUGUUUGUGCCGUGCGACACCAGGAAGCUAGUCUAGAUAUGAAAUCAUGUUGUCUCUGUUGUAGUCAUUUUUUUAAAUAAACUGGACAGUUUACAAUGGUGGUUUUCGUUCAGAAGGCCUGUUUUUCUUUUUCUUUUUUUUCUUUUUUUUCUUUUUUUUUUUUUGGUUUUGGGGUUUUUUUCCCUUCUAUUUUUGGGGGUUUUUUUGUUUGUUUGCAGCACAACGCUUCCUCCUCCAGUUAACAAGAUCUGCUUUGGGGAAGAGACUCCACCACCUCGUUAUAAACUUGUUAACGCAGGUGACCCCUUCUAGGAUCACAUCCUCGAAUGAAUCGUGAUCUUGCUCUCUGUGACUGUGGCAUGCACUGUGUUAGUCUUUCCCCCCCUCUCUGAAUACAAGAAGAAAUCUCUUGUCCCUCCUUUCCCCAGAAUCCUUCAGCUGGUUCACUGCAAAAAUUGAUUUUUUAAAUAUUUUUUUUUAAUCCACCGAAAGAAAGAGUUACUCUGACCUGGGACUUUGAAACUGUGAUCUCCAGCUAACUUUGGGAUUUUCUGGGGGUUUUAUUUGCUUUAGGGGUAUUUUGGGGGGGGGGGGUCUUUUCUUUAGAGAUGUGCUCUUGUCAGGAUUUCACUUAUCUAUGAUUUGGAACUGGAUGGAGAUAUUUUUUAAGGAAUUCUUGUUGUUAAAAUGUAACCUUGCUAUUCUGUAGGCUCGCUCUGUAAUAAGAAAAUAAAAAUUAAUGGCAAGCAUCGAAGGCCCUUCCUUCUGGUGGGAGAGGAAGGGAUGAGCCAAGGCGGCGGGUUGGGAUCUCUGUACAUGACACUACCCUGUAGUUUGGUCUUUGUUUUUCUGCAGCUCCCAUUUCUGCUCCAUGUAUAUCAUAUUCUGUAAAAUAUUCUCUCCCUUGGAUUUGACCUUUGUGCGGAUUAUUGAAAGCAUUGUAUCUUGUUUCAGUGUUUUUUCUUACCUUGUAGUCUGGUUCGAAAAUUACCGAGAGGGGAAAAAAAAAAUAAUUAUUAUACAUUGUAGUUUGUGUACGAUAUUUGUUGAUAAUGUUUUAUUAAAGGGAUGUCUUUUUUCCGCA